GGUUGUCAGAAGCCCCCGGACGCGGACGCCGACGCGGCCGCGGCGUCAGAGAAGGGGAAGCUGUGUGGCCUCAGGUCGCCGUGGCCCGGGUGUUGGCGGGUCCCGGGUGGGCUCGCGUCAUCCUGCCCUGGCUACGAUGCAUCCGCGGCGCCCCGACGGAUUUGAUGGCUUGGGCUACCGCGGUGGUGCCCGGGACGAGCAGGGUUUUGGCGGCGCUUUCCCUGCAAGGUCCUUCAGCUCCGGGUCGGACCUGGGCCAUUGGGUGACGACUCCCCCAGACAUCCCCGGCAGCCGCAACCUGCACUGGGGCGAGAAGAGUCCGCCCUACGGAGUGCCCUCCGCCUCCACCCCGUACGAAGGCCCCGCGGAAGACCCCUUUUCCGGCGGCGGCGGCGGCGGCGGCAGCGCGCAGGGGCAGAGCAGUGACGCAUAUAUACAUAAAUUAUUUUUAUAUAGUCUCUUCACAGAAAAUGUACUGGCCCAUCCUUGCAUUGUUCUACGCCGCCAAUGUCAGGUUAAUUACCAUGCUCGGCAUUAUCAUCUCACUCCAUUUACAGUCAUCAAUAUCAUGUACAGCUUCAACAAAACUCAGGGACCAAGAGCCCUAUGGAAAGGAAUGGGAAGUACAUUUAUUGUCCAGGGCGUCACACUUGGAGCAGAAGGCAUAAUUAGUGAAUUCACACCUUUGCCAAGGUACCUUUUUGGCAUUUCUUCAAUUAGUUCAUACAAAGUUUUAAAAACAUUUUUCAGGGUUCCUGCUGGAGCCGUGAUGGAAGGAGUACCAGUUCCCUCCGGGGAGCUGGUGGCAGCAAGUGUCAUCUUUGUUUUCCUAACUUAUGUAGUGGCAAUGCCAUUUUAUUCAGCAAGUCUAAUUGAAACAGUACAGAGUGAGAUAAUUCGAGAUAAUGCUGGCAUUUUGGAAUGUGUUAAAGAAGGAAUUGGAAGAGUGAUAGGCAUGGGAGUGCCUCAUAGCAAACGACUUCUUCCGCUUCUUUCCUUGGUCUUCCCUACGGUGCUUCAUGGAGUUCUUCAUUACAUCAUUAGUUCAGUUAUUCAGAAGUUUGUCCUACUGAUUCUAAAGAGAAAGACUUAUAAUAGCCACCUAGCUGAGAGCACUAGCCCUGUACAGAGUAUGCUGGAUGCUUAUUUUCCAGAACUUAUUGCUAACUUUGCUGCCAGUCUUUGUUCUGAUGUUAUACUUUACCCACUGGAAACAGUUUUGCACCGCCUUCACAUUCAAGGAACACGCACAAUAAUUGACAACACAGACCUUGGCUAUGAAGUGCUUCCAAUUAAUACACAGUAUGAGGGAAUGAGAGACUGUAUCAAUACCAUAAGGCAGGAGGAAGGAGUGCUUGGAUUUUAUAAAGGGUUUGGUGCUGUUGUAAUACAGUACACACUGCAUGCAGCCGUUUUACAGAUUACCAAAAUUAUUUACUCUACACUUCUUCAAAAUAGCGUUUGAGAUUUAGGUUCCAUCACUGGUUAGUCCAGAAGACAUAAUCUGGAUAAUUUACUAUGAAAUUAUGAGGGAUAAAAGUGAAAUACUGGGGAAAAAAAUGGAUUGGAAAGUGAAAUUGCUUUAAAAAAAAAAAAAAAAGCCAACACCCUUGCUGAUUAUCUUGACUUUUCAUUUUUUUUAAGGCAUAGGUAUAUAUUUUGGAUCACAAUGCUUCCAAAUUUGGAAAGUCAAUAAAAGUAACACUUAAACAAAUUAAAUUCUAGUUAGCGAAAUACUCACGCUGAAGUAAAAAUGAUCCUGGGCAGAAGUAAAACUUUAUUAUCAAAUAUAAAACAAAAUUUCAAAGAGCUGAAUCUAUUCGAAUCAUCUGACCUUAAUAUUUGUUACAUGUUUAUUUUACCUUCCAGAUUGAUGUUAGUAUAUUACCCUUAAUACAGUGUAAUAUCCUUAAUACAAUCUGGAGGUUUUACUUUUAAGCAAAUAAAUUAUAUCAUCAUUGAAAAAGACUAAGAGGAUUAGAUUUGACAAUCUGUAUGUAGGAGAUGAAGGAUUUUAAAUUGCAUUGUCCCUAUAUAACUAUUUUAAUGGCUGUAUAUAUGUAUUUUACAAAGCCAUUUGUGUACACACAUAUGACUUGGAAUUUCCUUCGUCUCUGUAAGUUUUCUACACUUAGGUCAGCUUAUUGCAUAAAAUUAAGUCAUGUACUUUCUGCUUGAACAUCAAAAUACAGCAUCAAAAGCCAAGGCACCCAAAUGAUGUUAAAUCAAAUAUAGCAUACUUGUCCAUAUCCAAACCCAGGAUUUCAGUGCCAGAAACUUAAAAACUUUGUCAUGUUUAUAAAGUUUGGUUUGCUUAGCUAGCUGUAUGAAUUGUCAGGCUACUUUUAGAGUCAAUCUUAAGAGACAAUAUAAAAUAAUCAUGACAACUAUUACUGUUUUCACAUUUACAAAUUGUGUACUUAAAGGAACCUCAUUUGCCUUCCAUUUCUGAAUGACUUGUCUUAGAGGAAACAAAAUUAAAAUUCACCUGGGAA